GGGGUUGAACCUUUUCUUUUUCAGAUUUCUUUCAUCCAAACGCAGCAGAUAUUUUAGAUUUUCAUCUCUUUGUUUUCGUUUUUACUUCAUUUUUACAUUGCUUUAUUUUUUUACUAAUUUACUUGUUCCCAACACAAAGGUAAAUGGAGUUCCCCGACGCUGGCGAGCACUGCGCACUCGAAGGAUGCCGCCAGCUCGACUACUUGCUGACCGCAUGCCAUUUAUGCAAAAAGGAGUUCUGCGCUGAUCAUUGGCAAGUCGAUAACCACAACUGCACCGAUAAGCACAAGGCCGUCAACAGGAUAGUGCCGGACUGCCCGAUAUGCGAACAGCCCGUUUCCUUACGGCCCAACGAGAGCGCAAACGAUGCGGUUAAUAGACAUCUCGAUGCUGGAUGCAAGCCCACAACGCCUGCCAAUGCGUUACCGCCAAAGCCUGAAUGUGCGUUUAAAAGGUGCCAGGAGAAGACUAUUGUGCGAACGACAUGCAAAGUGUGUGCGAAGUCGUUUUGCUUGAAGCAUCGCUUUGAGGACGAUCAUAAUUGCGAAAGACGGAAUACCUCUGCUCCACCUGGCAUGUUGGCAGCGGCAGCGGCACAGGCCGCAGAUGUUACAAAGUAUUUUAGCCGGUCUAAAAGUGAACAGAGAAAUGGACAUCUGUCGGCGGCUUCUCAGCGAACCACUUCGAAUCGCAGAAAUGUGCCCACCCAGAACAAGUCCAAACCCAAAGACUCGGGAUGUGUGAUAUGCUAGAUGGCGCUUAAUUGCACAAAUCAUAAUAAUAAUAUUAAAUUGCAACAUUACAAAGGUUACAUCGACAUGUGUUAUUGCAUAAAUAAUAAACAAC